AUGGGAAAGAUCACGUUCUAUGAAGAUAAGAACUUCAAAGGUCGCUCUUAUGAGUGUAGCAAUGAUAAUAAUGACCUGCACACUCAUGUGAGCCGCUGCAACUCUAUCAAAGUUGACAAUGGCUCUUGGAUGAUCUAUGAGCAGGCUAACAACAAAGGUCAUCAAUAUUUUCUCAAAAAAGGAGAAUAUCCUGACUAUCAACACUGGAAUGGAUUCAAUGAUACCAUCAGUUCUUGUCACAUGAUUCCACUGCAUACUGGAUCUUUUGUGAUCAGACUGUAUGAAAAGGAAGAUUUCAGGGGACAAAUGGUGGAAUUCACAGAAGAUCGUCCACAUAUCUAUCAAGGUUUCAACCAUCGUGAAAUCCAUUCUUGCAAUGUUAUUGAAGGCCACUGGAUUUUCUAUGAGGAACCCACCUACAAAGGACGUCAGUAUUAUCUGAGACCCGGAGAGUACAGGAGAUUCAGUGAUUGGGGAGCAGUAAAUGCAAGAGUUGGUUCCAUUAGACGAGUACAAGACUUUUAUUAA